AUGAGCAACAGAAGUAAGGUCUUUCAAUCAGUAGUGGCUGCUAGGCCUGUACUUUCAGAGGAACACAUUCAAGUUCUGCAGCAACCUUUCACUAUCCAAGAAGUUAAAGAUGCCAUAUUUUCCAUUCCAGGUAUGAAGGCUCCUGGCCCGGAUGGGUUUGGGAGUUCUUUUUAUCAUGAUAAUUGGGAUUUGGUGGGAGAAGUGGUUGGAACUGCUGUGAUUAAUUUCCUAAACACAGGGAAGAUACUUAAAGAGAUCAAUACAACAACCAUUACCCUCAUCCCUAAAGUCAAGUGUCCGGAUAGUGUCAAAGACUUCAGGCCAAUUUCUUGUUGUAAUGUGAUAUAUAAGGCUGCUACUAAAGUCAUUUGCUCGAGAUUAAGGCAAAUCCUCCCUGAGAUAAUAGCAGAGAACCAAGGGCCUGAAACUCUUCUCUUCGACUUCUGGUUUGCUGCCAAACCAGAAAAAAUGGUUGUUUAUUGCAGUGGUAUGCAGGAGGCUGAGGUUACCCAUGUGCUCAAAAUGUCAGGAUAUACAAGAGCUCACCUUCCUUUCAGUGUUUACUUGAUGGACAAGAAUUGGUGGGAGUACCAGCCACCAACUGAUUGUAGCUGGUAUUGGAAGAGAUUAGUUGCAGUCAAAGAAGCUUUCAAAGCCAAGGCAGAUCUGUCAUAUUUUGCAGCAUUGAGGUAUAGCAUUAAAAUUGGCCUUGAUUUACUAUUUGAUCAACCACUUGCAGUAGGUUGGAGCAAAGUGGUUUGGGAUAGACUGAGCAUUCCGAAGCAUAGAAUUGUGCUUUGGCUAGUAAUGUUGCAGAGACUUUGA